AUGGUCACCAAUCUCUGCCAUUCGGGGCUGUAUUCAGGCCCUGAGGUUUCGAAGUACGGUGGCGGGGCCCUGCCGCUCAUAGUCGUGCAGCCGACCAGCCCAUCACGGGUAGUCUGGCAAUUCUUUGGGGCCCUCCUCAUCCUCUACGAUCUCUUCAAGCUACCCAUUGAGCACGCCUUCAAGCCCGACGAAACCGACUUCAGCAGGGCCAUGGACUGGAUCAUCUUGGUUUACUGGACGCUGAACAUACCCGCGUCGCUAACUGAGGGCUAUUUGGAGCACGGGGUCUUUGUACUCGCACCAAGGAAGAUCUUUUUGAAAUACAUGAAGACAUGGUUCCCUGUGGACGCCCUUGUUCUGGUGCCGGACUGGAUCUUCACCAUUGGCUCGUUGUUCGGCAACCGCGAAGAGAACAAUAACAGCAAGGCGUUCACGCGAUUCUUGAACGUGGCACGGUUGGCUCGGAUUGUGCGGCUCAUCCGUCUGCUGAAGCUUCGAAGGAUACUCGACACGUUGAAUGACAUGACCACUUCGGAGCAUACCAGCCUCCUCCUGAGCAUAUGUUCGAUGUUCGUGACACUACUCCUCAUCAGCCACCAGAUCGGCUGUGCUUGGUACGCGAUCGGAGACCGCCGCAGCAGCAGCGCUGCAUCAUGGACCCUCAAUCCCGAACUUGUUGACAGGGGCGACUGGGUCUACAUGUAUGCUACUGCAGUCCACUGGAGCGUCCACCCGGAGAGCCUCGGCGAGCGUAUCUUCGCCAUCUUCGUGGUGAUCUUUGCGCUCCUCGGCUUUUCGUACAUCCUCGGCAGCGUCACUGGCUCCCUGGCCCAGCUCCGCAGCAUGCGCGCCGAGGAGUCCAACCUGUUCUGGGACCUGCGGCGCUACCUGGCGAAGAACAGGGUCACGCGCAGGUUGUCCCGCCGCAUCCAGAAGUACUUGGAGUACGCCUGGCGCCUGCAGCAGGAGCGGAAGCCCGCUAAGAGCAUCCGGCUCAUGAGCCUGCUGUCCGAGCAGUUGUUCUCCGAGCUGCAGUGCGAGCUGGCGGUGGCCCACUUGCGGAUCCACCCGUUCUUGGCUAAGUUGUGCCAGCUGUCGCAAAUCACGGUGCAGCGGCUGGCGAACUCCGCCAUCAGCCACAAGCUCGUCGCAAGCGGCGAUUACCUCUUCUACCCUGGCGAGGAGGCGACACACCUCUGGAUCGUGGUGGAGGGCAGCUCCGAGUACACGAGGCGGGAUUCUUCAGGAAUUCUUUGCAGGGAAAAAGUAAACAACAAUGAAGAUUGGAUCGCUGAGCCCGUGCUGUGGACGAAGUGGGUCCACAGGGGUCUGCUCACCGCGCUGGAAGAUGGAGACGUCUUGGCAAUCGACGGCAAGAAGUUCUGCACCCUGGUGCGUCUCAAUCCAAAAGCCCACUCAUUCGCUAGCAAAUACGCGCACAAUUUCAUCAAUUGGCUGAACGGUCUGGACAUGGAUGAACUGACUGACAUCUCUCAGGGUGAGGACGUGGGUGACCUUGUGGAGAGCUUCAUGUGUUACGACGGUGAUGGCAAAGAUGAUGUCGAUGGCGAAGGUGGCGAAGAGGUCGUUCAAUGUGAUGAUAAGUUAACCUGA